CCCCUCGGUUCGCUGUAGUCAGGCUCCAGCCGCGCUCGAGCUCUCGCCGCCUGCGGCCUCUCGCUCCGCUUCCCCGCGGCCGAGAGCGGGACCAGAGAGUCCUUCUGGUGGGCGGCGCGGGGCUGCGCGCGUCCGGCAUCCCGGGGCCGCUCGGGCCGGCCGGCGAGGGAGCCCCCUCGGCGGUCCAUGCAUCCGCCGCCGCCCGCCGCCGGCGCCGCGAUGGAUUUCGGGCAGAACAGCCUUUUCGGCUACAUGGAGGACCUGCAGGAACUCACCAUCAUCGAGAGGCCGGUCCGCCGGAGCCUCAAGACACCAGAAGAAAUAGAAAGAUUGACAGUUGAUGAAGACCUCAGUGAUAUUGACAGGGCUGUUUAUCUGCUCAGUGCUGGUCAAGAUAUCCAGGGAGCAAGUGUGAUUGCAAACCUUCCAUUUUUGAUGCGACAGAAUCCUACUGAGACACUUCGGAGAGUCUUACCCAAAGUCAGAGAAGUCCUGCAUGUUGCAAGCGUGGAAAUGCAGCUAACAGCUGCAGUGUCAUUUCUGACCAUUCUGCAGGAAGAAUCCAUGCCAGUCCACACCUUUGCACACAACUUCCUGCAAGUCAUUCUCCUGCACGUGGAGCACAGGGAUACAGGUGUCAGCAACGCAUGGCUGGAAACACUUCUCUCUGCAAUAGAAUUAUUGCCAAAAGAAACCCUGAGGCAUGAGAUUCUGAAUCCACUUGUUUCCAAGGCACAACUUUCCCAAACCGUCCAGUCGCGUUUAGUUAGUUGUAAAAUUUUAGGAAAAUUAACCAACAAAUUUGAUGCCCAUAGCAUUAAAAGAGAAAUACUUCCCCUGGUAAAAUCCCUCUGUCAAGAUGUGGAAUAUGAAGUUCGAUCUUGCAUGUGUCGGCAGUUAGAAAAUAUAGCUCAGGGAAUUGGGACAGAACUGACCAAGAGUGUGGUGCUCCCCGAAUUGAUAGAGCUCUCUAGGGAUGAGAGUGUCAGUGUGCGCCUUGCUGCCUUUGAAACCUUGGUUAACAUGCUUGACAUGUUUGAUACAGAUGACAGAAGUCAAACUAUACUUCCCUUAGUGAAAUCGUUCUGUGAAAAAUCUUUCAAAGCAGAUGAAUCAAUUCUUAUUUCUUUAUCUUUUCAUUUAGGAAAGCUAUGCCAUGGACUCUAUGGAAUUUUCACUCCAGAUCAGCACUUGAGAUUUUUGGAGUUUUAUAGGAAACUUUGUACAUUGGGUCUGCAACAAGAAAAUGGCCACAAUGAAAACCAGAUUCCGUCCCAAAUCGUAGAACACGAGAAGAAAUAUACUUCAGUACGAAAGAACUGUGCUUACAACUUCCCGGCCAUGAUUGUUUUUGUUGAUCCUAAAAACUUCCACAUGGAACUCUAUUCUACAUUCUUCUGCCUUUGUCAUGACCCCGAAGUACCAGUCAGAUACACUAUUGCUAUUUGCUUUUAUGAAGUAUCUAAACUUCUGAAUUCUGGAGUAUAUUUAAUACACAAAGAACUGAUUACGUUAUUGCAAGAUGAGUCGCUGGAGGUACUGGAUGCUCUUAUAAAUCACCUCCCAGAAAUCUUGGAACUUAUGUCUACUGGUGGAGAAAGCAGUGUUCAAGAAAAUAAGUUGUCCUCACUGCCAGACUUGAUUCCCGCACUCACAGCUGCUGAGCAGCGAGCUGCGGCCUCUCUGAAGUGGAGGACUCAUGAAAAGCUGCUGCAGAAAUAUGCCUGUCUGCCUCACAUCAUAUCGAGUGACCAAAUUUAUUACCGUUUCUUACAAAGAAUGUUCACCAUUAUGAUGACAAAUAAUGUCUUACCUGUCCAAAGAGCAGCUGCACGGACUCUAUGCAUUUUUCUACGAUACAAUCGUAAACAAGAACAGAGGCAUGAAGUCAUUCAGAAAUUAAUUGAACAAUUGGGCCAAGGAAAAAGUUAUUGGAAUAGACUUCGGUUUUUGGAUACCUGUGAAUUUAUCAUAGAGAUCUUUUCCAGAUCAUUUUUCUGCAAAUAUUUCUUUCUACCUGUUAUUGAACUAACCCAUGACCCAGUAGCAAAUGUGAGAAUGAAGCUUUGCUACCUGCUCCCCAAAGUGAAAUCAGCUCUGAAGAUUCCUGCAGACAUGCAUCUCCUCCAGCAGUUGGAAUUGUGUGUGAGGAAACUCUUGUGUCAAGAAAAAGAUAAAGAUGUCCUGGCUAUUGUGAAAAAAACGGUGUUAGAGUUGGACAGAAUGGAAAUGUCUAUGGAUGUGCAGCUUCAGAAAAAAAAUUAUGAGAAAGAUUUGUUGGAUCAAGAGAAAGAAAGAGAAGAACUGCUGUUUUUGGAAAUGGAACAGCUAGAGAAGGAGAAGCAUCAGAAUGACGGGAGGUUGCCCAGUGACAAAAGCUUUGAGAAGAAACGCAGAGACUCCAGGACAACAAUGCAGAACUUACCCAAGAACAUCCCCAUUUCUGUUCCUGGACCCUCUUCUAGCACCCCAUCAACAAGCAAAGAAAUCAAGAAAUCCAAAUUGAUUCGAAGCCAAUCUUUUAAUAAUCAAGCUUUUCAUGCCAAAUAUGGCAACUUAGACAAGUGUGCUAGUAAAACCUCCGCCUUAGCACACUCGCCUUCCGCCACAGGGCUGGUGAGGACUGCCAUGCUGUCACUGACGGAUGACUCAUUCCGGACUCGCAAUACCAGUACUGUUCCAGCUUCCUUUUCUUCUAACCCUGUCUUGCCCAGUACUUCCCGUGGGACAGGUAACACAGCCGAUCCAAAGGGUAGUGGAAGUAAAGAUGCACAGCCUCGGAAGGCUACCUUAAAAUCCCGAAAAUCUAAUCCUUAGGUCAAAUGCUUGGUGAUGAGGCAAGCAGUCAGUGGAGACUGCGAUGGUGGAAAAAGCUACAGUGACGGCCAGGCUUGUGAGAGUAUGGAAGGAAGAAAGGAACAUCAUGCAGCUGAUGUGAAACUUACCGUAUUUGGAGUUAGAUUCCCUAGGAGGUAUGACAUGUGUUUUAAUAUGGGCUCUGAAUGCCAGUGUUCAGUGCAGUGUGAUCAGCUCCGACCUGAGGCAUGUACUGAGACUGUGGACCUCAGAGACAUGACAGAGACAUGCUUGUCUCUGUGUGAGAGACUGGCUUUUGUUAUGCUAAGUUGUAGCAUUUAGAAAGUCCACAACCCCCCCCAAAUGAGCCAACUGCUUGGGUAACAACUUGGGCCAGGACACAGGAGGUAAGGAAGACACUGUAUUUCCUCAGAGCUCUCUAAGCCAAGCAGAAAAGUCAAACCAAGCAGCUGCCUGUGGUCCUAUGGGUCCUGGGAUUCUGUGACGGUAUCAGCACCUGGACUGCCCCAGUCUAGAUUCGGCAAUGAAAAUCUGCAAAGAUUCAUGAAAACUUCAGCGACAAAUACCUUAAAAAUGAUAGAUUGAUGAUUUCCUUAAUUCCUAGAAUUUCUUUUAUAAAUGCUUUGUUUACAUUUUAGAUUGUAUCUCUCCUUAAUUUCAAAUGAUGAAUCUAGUUUGAAUCAGCUGUUCUUCCAAGCUAUCAUGCUCACGCCAUGUCAACAGCACCCAUUUGUACUAAUGCUAAUACUUCCAUCAAAAUUUGCCUGUGGAGCAUAUAUUGUCCUUAUCUUUAAAAUGUCAGUUCCUGAGAUAGAAUGUAUGAAGCUAUUGUCAGCUUCUCUAUUUCAAAUGCAAUCAGCAUAUACCUAUAUUGAUAUCAGAAAAUACUUGUUUUUUAAAGCUGUGUUGAUGUAUGAUAAAGAUGAUCUAAUUUGUGAAUGCAUACGUGUGCGUGGUCACUUUUUAUAAUGUGAAAUGGAUAAUGAGCUUCCUUAAAAUAAAGCAGAGGUUAACGAGAUACCUGCACUUGUGAGAACAUUGUGAAAUACUUUCCUAUAGUUCUUACUCUAUAAAGAAGGAGCAGUUUAUCUUUAAACAGUGAAUAACCAGAACAUACUGUAUCAACUGUAAGUGACUCAGGGACAGUUGCUUAUUGCUUCUUCAUUCUUUGUCAUCCCUUUCCUUCCCCAUGGCCUCUUUGGGGCACUGUUCAGGGAAUCAACACCCUUCAUCAGGGACAGUCAGGUCAGAAGUGAAGGUCCAGGAGCCGUGAGAAAUGUGACUGCCCUGCAUAAGGAAAUUCAGUUUGACUAGGUUCCAUCUCCUACUAGCAUUAGUAAUGCGGAAGCGAAUCUGUUGUGGUCUGGAGAAUCCAUUGUGCCAUAAGGGAACAUCAAGGCUGCAUCAGUUUUUCCAGUACUAUGGUUCAAAGCAUCGGCAUUGACUGUUUACGCUAGAUAAAUGGUGUUUCGAUUUGAUUGUUUGUUAAAUAAUACACUUAGUAGUUAUAAGCUUUUCAUAUUCCUGUUAUAUAUGUGGGAUAAAAGAAAGUGAUAUGACAGAGACUAGUCACCACUGCUUAUAAAAUUGGAAGUCAAUUGCUUAGGCAUUAAAUUUUCAAUUAAAACAGUUAUUCAAAAUUAC